GGACCAGCAACUAGGAGCGAAAAAGGUGUGUACCUAUGUAUGUACUAUGUAAGUGUGUAUGUGUAUGUGUGUGUGUGUGUGUUCUUCUGGAAACUUAACCCAUUUUUUUCUUUCCCGCCUUUGUGCAAAACUCAGCCCGACCUUGGCCUAACCCUAUUUCCAUUUUUACUUCUCUGUAUGUGCCUAGGAGGCAUGUAUGUAUGCAUAUUUCUCUUAUUUUCUUCUUUUCUGCCGCCCGAACUAAAUUGGGUAGCCGAGCCUCCAGCGUGUUGUUGGAGAGCAGAGGAGAGGAAGAAACCCACACGCCCCCUCCCCCCUCCCCCCUCGUCUUCGAAAAUUAGAGUAUGCAGAAGCUAGACAGGUCAGGCAAGGUAGGCGAAGGCGAUGACGACGAAACGAGCCUUCGCAGCCCACCCCAUGGUAAGCUUGCUUGCUUGUUGGACAACGCUGAGUUUCUUAGGUUACGUGAUGUGAUGAUG